AUGGCGGAUUCAAAAUCUCCAGGAUUCAAAUCCUGUCCUUCCUGUGAGGCAGCCAUUCUCAUCAGUGAUGGACAUUCUACAGAUUCCGCCUUGGAAACUUACCUGAUCUCUUUCAUUUUAUUUAGCAUAAAAAAAGCAGUGUUGCUCAUUAACAUGAUAGACCCAGGCAAAUUUCCUCGAUUACUCUCCCGCAUCCUUCAAAAGCUUCAUCUAAAGGCUGAGAGCAGUUUCAGUGAAGAGGAGGAAGAAAAACUGCAAGCUGCGUUUUCAGUGGAGAAGCAAGAUCUUCAUUUAGUCCUUGAAACUAUAUCAUUUAUUUUGGAACAGGCAGUCUAUCAUAACCUGAAACCAGCUAUUCUGCAACAGCAGCUGGAGAGCAUUCACCUUGAUCAAGACAAAGCAGAAGCAUUUGUCAGUGCAUGGACUGCUGCAGGUCAAGACACAAUUGAAAAGUUCAGGCAGAGGAUUUUGGCCCCUCAAAAGCUUGAGACAAUUGGAUGGCAGCUUAACCUUCAGAUGGCUCAGUCCACCCAAGCGAAACUGAAAUCUCCUCAAGCUGUAUUAGAACUUGGAAUGAGCAAUGAAGAUUCAAAGAACCUGGAGAAAGUAUUUGUGGAAUUCAGUCAUCAGGAGCUGUUUGAGUUCUAUAACAAGCUGGAGACUAUACAAGCACAGCUGGAUUCCCUUACGUGAUGUUUUUGAAGACUUGUUUCUCCAUCGCACUCCUGCCACCUCAUUAUUUUGAAUUGAAGAUAGAUUGCCAAGCUGUGUUCGCUGAUGGAUUCAAUAGGUUGCUUCCUGUAAAAUUAUAUGGCUUAUCUCCUCUUAGACCAGUAACAUUAACCAAGGGGGAUCAUUGUUAAGAGUUCUGAGCUUCUAAUUGACUUUCUCUUGUUUUUGAACCAACAGAAUUUGUUAAGAACAGUGUUACUUGAGAAAAAAAUGUAAUACCAUACUGUUGGUUUAUAGUUCUUUUAUGCUUUAUUACCUGUGCUGUUUGAUUCAUUACAUGUCUGAUGGCAAUUCACAUACUAGUGAGGGAUAGGAAUAAAAUCUGUUUCAAAGUUAUUAGAAGAAUAUAAAAUUUAAGGAGUAACAUUAGUAGAAGUAGUCAAAAAAUAGACAGAAUUGUCUCCAUCCUUUUGAAUUUCUCCCUUCCCUCCCCCCCCCCAAUAGUGUUGAAUGCAAAAUAGCCAAAAUACAUAAAUACAAUAAAUAAAAAAUGAAAAAAG